GCUUUUCGGGAGGCCAUUUUUCGGAUUCAGCAUUUGAAGAGAAGAGGGGGCACUCUGCUUUACAUUCCUCCCGGGGUUUUCUUGACUGAGAGCUUCAAUCUCACCAGCCAUAUGACUCUCUAUCUCGCUAAAGGCGCUGUUAUCAAAGCUGUUCAGGAUUCUUCGGAUUGGCCCGUAAUAGCUCCAUUGCCAUCUUAUGGAAGAGGGAGGGAGCGCCCUGGAGGAAGAUAUGUGAGCUUUAUUCAUGGAGAUGGCGUUCAUGAUGUGGUGAUCACUGGCGAGAACGGGACUAUUGAUGGCCAAGGUGAUGCUUGGUGGAAUAUGUGGAAGACAGGGACUCUCAAGUUCACCAGGCCUAAUCUCGUUGAGUUUAUCAAUUCUUAUAAUAUCAUCAUUUCCAAUGUAAUUUUCCAGAAUUCUCCAUUUUGGAACAUCCAUCCAGUUUACUGCAGAAACGUUGUUGUCAGAUAUGUCACAAUAUUGGCUCCUCGUGAUUCCCCCAACACCGAUGGAAUUGAUCCAGAUUCAAGCAAUAACGUUUGCAUAGAAGAUUCCUACAUUUCUACUGGAGAUGAUCUUGUGGCUGUGAAGAGUGGAUGGGAUGAAUAUGGUAUUGCUUACGGUCGCAGUAGUUAUGACAUUACUAUCCGAAGAGUGUCAGGGUCAAGCCCAUUUGCCGGAGUUGCAGUCGGAAGCGAAACCUCCGGUGGAGUGGCAAACGUAUUGGCCGAACACCUGAGUUUUUUUGACAUGGGAGUUGGUAUUAACAUCAAGACAAACAUUGGAAGGGGAGGGUUCAUAAAGAACAUAACUGUGUCCAAUGUCUACAUGGAGCGUUCGAGAAAGGGUCUAAAGAUUGCAGGCGAUACCGGGGAUCAUCCAGACGACAAGUUCGACCCAAAUGCUCUUCCGAUUGUCAAAGACAUCACGAUUAAAAAUGUUUGGGGCGUGAACGUACAGCAAGCAGGUUCUAUAUAUGGCUUGAAGAACUCUCCAUUUACCGGUAUAUGUCUUUCGAACAUCAACCUGCACGGCACAACGAGACCGAGAUCGGUUCCGUGGACUUGCUCGUAUGUAAGUGGUGCAGCUCUUUUGGUUAGUCCAUGGCCAUGCUCGGAGCUCACCAGCACCCAGCAGGAUGGUUUGUGCUCUGAUAACUUCUGAAAAAUGCACAUGUAAUUUGUAUAUUUUGUUAUUAAAAACUAGCGAAUGUUUCGCUUUCUGAGUUUGUAGUAACUAUAUCCCAUUUGUCUGUCAAGUGUUAAUGAUGACGUUAUUUCCCGAAGGCCAAAGGAAGUAUUUUUUUUUUUUUUUGAGAUACCGAAGGAAGUAUUGAAUUUAAAAGAUUAUUGGA